GUAGAGCGGCGGCGCGGGCGGAGGGAGCGCCAGUCGGGGCCGGGACGCCGGAGAAGAAGGAAGGAAGGGGAGAAAGAAGCCAGGAAAAGAAGGAAGGAAGGAAGGGGACCCCGUUCGGAGCGGAAUCGGCGCUGCCGGGGCAACCGGAGCGGGAGAUGGGAAGGCGAGGAGUCCGGAAGGAAGUGGAUUAAGCGAAUUGGACGCUGAAGAAGGAGGAGGAGCAGGGGGAGGGGGGCGGCGGCGGCGGCGGCGGAGGAUGGUGCGCCCGGAGGAGGAGGGCGAGGAGGAGGAGGAGGAGGAGGAGGAAGCAGCGCCCCCGGGCCCCCGGAAGUGCCGCCGCCCCCGCCGCCCGGCUUCCGCUUCCCCUUCCGCUUCCUCUUCCUCGGCGCGGCUGCUGGGCCUGCUGCUGGCGCUGCUCCGCCUGGCCUCUCCGCUCCUGGCCAAGAACCUCGAGCCCGUCGCCUGGACCGCCGCCAGCCACAAGUUUGUGCCGGGGAGGGGGCUGGUCAUCUACCCGGAGAUCGGGGACAAGCUGGACAUCAUCUGCCCGAAGGCGGACCCCUCCCGGCCCUACGAGUACUACAAGCUGUACCUGGUGCGGCGGGAGCAGGCCGAGUCCUGCAGCACCGUCAUGGACCCCAACGUGCUGGUGACCUGCAACCGGCCCGAGCAGGAGAUCCGCUUCACCAUCAAGUUCCAGGAGUUCAGCCCCAACUACAUGGGCCUCGAGUUCAAGCGCCUCCAGGACUACUUCAUCACCUCCACGUCCAACGGCUCCUUGGAGGGACUGGAGAACCGGGAAGGAGGGGUCUGCCAGACGCGCUCCAUGAAGAUCGUCAUGAAAGUGGGGCAGGAUCCCAACGCGGUGAUGCCUGAGCAGCUGACCACCAGCCGGCCCAGCAAGGAGGCGGACAACACCGUGAAGAUCGCCACCCAGAGCCCCCGGCACAGGCCCCCCUCCGUGGGGGAGGACCCCGGGAAGCCAGAUCCCGUGAACCAGGACGGGGCAGGGGACGCGCAGAGCCCCACGGACGGCUUCUUCAGCUCGAAGGUGGCGGUCUUUGCGGCCAUCGGGGCCGGGUGCGUCAUCUUCAUCCUCAUCAUCAUCUUCCUGGUGGUGCUCCUGAUCAAGAUCCGGAAGCGGCACCGCAAGCACACGCAGCAGCGGGCCGCCGCCCUCUCGCUCAGCACGCUGGCCAGCCCCAAGUGCGGGGGCGGGGGCGGCCCCGGGGGCAACGCGGGCUCCGAGCCCAGUGACAUAAUCAUCCCUUUGCGGACUACAGAGAACAACUACUGCCCGCACUACGAAAAGGUCAGCGGGGACUACGGGCACCCGGUCUACAUUGUGCAGGAGAUGCCCCCGCAGAGUCCCGCAAACAUUUACUACAAGGUCUGACCGGGGUGGCCCCCCCACCCAUAAGAGGAAGAGCAACGGAGGCAGGAUGGACGGAGGAAGAGGGGAAGGCGCUCACGGGAGGGGACCCGGCGGCUUUCCUCCUCAGGAGCGAGCUUGCCCCGCACAGAGAGAGAGAGCGCCCGGCCCCCGCCAGCGGCAAAGGAGGCCCCAAAGGCACGGCAGGGCCCUCCGACUCCUAGUAUUUAGUUUUGUAGUCUGGAGCUUUUUUAAUCCUAAGACUUGUGGAGGGGGGAGGGGGAGGAGGAGGAGGAGGCCAAGAUGGAGUCGACGCCUGAGGAGGUUGCCCCCUCGUUCCCCCUCCUCUGACUCCCGACCCCUCCCCGACCCCCAGCACGUUCCGCGGCCCCUUUGCUUGGGCUUGGUGCCUUUCCUCACUCAACUCGGACACGUCCGGCGGUGCCCUCCUCCUCCGCCCGGGGGGCGAUCCGCCGCCGCCACCACCAUAGUCAUCCAUCACCAUCGCCACCUCCACCGUUGCGGCCGGCUUUCCUGGGGCUGCCCCACCUGCGCUCAUUGUUAUGUUUUCAAGUAUUUGUGGGGAGGGGGCAUUGCGGGGGGAGGGGGGCUGUGCCAUGUUGUGUUGGUUAAGGGGACGGAGCUGGCCAGUGGCCCAAGGAGCACAGAGAGGCAUGGAGCCCGGAGGAGGAGGAGGAGGAGGAGGAAGGGCGCUCAUGAAGACAAGGAAGCGGUCAGUCCAGCCCACCUUCCUCGUUUGUUAUUUUGCAAUAUUUCUUGUUUUGUAUUUGUUUUUCUCCAGCCGAGGAACAUUGGAAAGCUCUGAGUCCCGGAUACCCCUCACGUAGGCUUCUCCCUCUCCCUCUGCCACUGGAUUGUUGAAGGCUCUCAGGGUCGUGCGGUUCCCGGGCUGAAUGGCCAGUGUCUUCAGGAAGCAUUUCUCCUUUUUGCGUCUUGCUCCAUCUGUGGCCACUGGCAUCUUCAGAGGAUCUGAAGGAGGUCGAGCAAAUAUAUA